AUGUUUGCAUUAAGCGCCCUUCAUCUGGACAGCGAUGUGCAAGGGACGGCUGAAACACGUGAAAACAGCUUCACAGCGGAUGGUGACAAAGCAAAAAAUGCCGAAAAUAUCGUAUUGCCAGCUGCUGCACCAUCCAACAAGGAUGUUUCUGGGAAGCAGCAAUCGCUGGUUGUGACUAUCCCGGAGAAAAGUGAGAUGACGGAAAACAUCUACGUGACACCACCGACCUCACCAGAACCGAUCUAUGUUCAUGAGGGAAUGCCAUCAAAGGAAGACGAAGAGCUCGCAAUGGCACUUUCUUUGGCAAGUAUUUCGAUAUUUUCUGUCGAGCCGGAACUUCUGUCGCAUUUUGGCGCUGUC